GCAGAAGAAGAGGAAGAAGACCGAGGAGGAGGAGCGGGAUCCGCAUCAGGAGCCGCUGCCAUGGUGCUGCCGCUGGCGCGCCACGCGCUCCUGGCAGGCCGCCGGCGGCUCCCCCGUCCCGGUGCCGCUGCCCGCGCUCCGGCGGCGGCGCGGCUGUGCUCGGGCGCGGGGGCCGAGGCGGAGGCGGCCGGCGGGGAGCGGGCCAUGCUGCGGCACCUGGCGCGCAAGCUGCGGGCCAGCGGGCCGGUCACGGUGGCCGAGUACAUGCGGGAGGCGCUCACCAACCCCGGGCAGGGUUACUACACGCGGCGCGGCGGCGUCGGCGAGAGCGGGGACUUCAUCACCUCGCCUGAAAUAAGCCAGGUGUUCGGAGAGUUAAUAGGAAUAUGGUACAUUAGUGAAUGGAUGGCCAUGGGCAAACCGACCACCUUCCAGCUGGUGGAGCUGGGCCCAGGGCGGGGCACCCUCACCGAGGACAUCCUGCGGGUCUUCAAGCAGCUCGCCUCUGUUCUUAGUAAAUGUGAUGUCUCUGUUCAUCUGGUAGAAGUGAGCCCCAAACUCAGCGAGAUCCAAGCAGUGAUGCUGACAGGAGGGAAGGUGCAGCCAAGCCCUGAGGACGAGCCUGCUUACAUGAAAGGCAUUAGCAAGACUGGAAUUCCCAUUUUUUGGUACAGAGACAUUCAAGAUGUGCCACCAGGUUACAGCUUUUACCUAGCACAUGAGUUCUUUGAUGCCCUGCCAAUACAUAAGUUUCAGCGAACGGAGAAAGGCUGGCGUGAGGUGUUGGUUGACAUUGAUCCAGAAGUUCCUGACAAGCUGCGGUUUGUCCUGUCACCAUCCAGGACCCCUGCAACACAAAAUUUUAUUCAGCCAGAAGAAACAAGAGACCACGUGGAAGUGUGUCCUGAGGCCGGUGUCAUUGUGCAGCGGCUGGCCUCUCGGAUAGAGAAGGAUGGUGGGGCUGCUCUGGUUGCAGAUUACGGCCACGACGGAACCAAAACUGACACCUUCCGGGGUUUCCGGAAUCACAAACUUCACGAUGUGCUGAGUGCUCCAGGCACAGCAGACCUGACAGCAGAUGUUGAUUUCAGCUACCUUCGAAAGAUGGCACAGGGGAAAACAGCUACAUUAGGCCCUAUAAAACAGAGGGAGUUUUUAAAGAACAUGGGCAUUGACCUCCGACUGCAGGUACUCUUGCAGAAUUCAGGUGACACAGCAACUCGUGAGCAGUUACUUCACAGCUAUGAUAUGCUGAUGAAUCCUGAGAAGAUGGGGGACUGUUUUAAUUUUUUUGCCCUGCUGCCUCACCACAGACUUGUACAUGCUGACAAGAAAGAUAAGCCAGAAUCAAAGUCUCCCCUCCCACCUGUUGCUGGAUUUAAUGAACUGUUACUAAAGUAAUUUCAAAUACUAUCACAAAAUGUGUGAUGGCUGUUUCCGAAUAAGCCUGCAGCACGCCAAACCUCUGGACCGACCUACUCAAAGCAGUAUGAGUGGAAAUAAAACACUGCAAAUACAGAAACCAGCACACAGAGCAGAGAAUGGACAAUGGUUUGGGGGUCUGAGAGAUCAGAGUGAAAUAUUUACUAGUGGAAUCAAAACUUGUCAGUAACAAACAUGCACUAAGGAUACUUAAAAUGUAUUCAAGCUUUGGUACUUGAAUAAAAUCAAGAUGCCUUGA